AAGUGGCAAGACGACAAUCGUGCAGCUAUGCUGAAGUAUUUGUGAUAUUAAAAGAUCGAUCAAUUGUAAUUAAUCAAUUACAAUUAAUGCGAUCAACUAUAUUUUUAUCUGUACAAAGAUAUAACAUACAAAGUACGUAAAAAGAGGGAUUCGAUAUGGGAUUUCUAAAAUUGUUAUUAAAUAUUGGCCUAAUAUUGGCCAUAAGAACGAUUCCUUGCAUCGGUCAAAAUAGAGAAAUUAUUAAACGAUUACCGAAUAAUACGAUACCAGUCCACUAUAACAUCAGUCUGAUACCGUAUCUCAAAGAAGGCAAUUUUACUUUUUACGGUAAAUCCAAUGUCAAUAUCGAAAUUCGUUAUGCAUCAUCAAAAAUAAGCUUACAUUCAAGAGAAUUAAAAAUAAAUGAAACGGCGACAACAUUGAUCAAUGACAACAGUACGAUUUAUAAACCGAUGAAACAUAUUUACAAUGUAACAACCAACAUUUUAACACUGAAUUUUAAUGAUAUAUUAUCGCCCGGUCUGUACAUCCUGAAUAUGAAAUUUGCCGGUAAUUUAUCAAAGCCUUCUCAAAAACAGGGUUUUAUGAAAUUUUCGUACACAACCUAUGAAGGAAAUAUUACUAAGUGGUUAGCUGUAACACAUUUCGAGCCGAAUGGCGCCAAACGAAUGUUUCCAUGUUGGGACGAGCCAGCAUUAAAAGCCACCUUCAACAUCUCCGUACUGCAUCAUCAGAAGCACAGUGUACUAUCAAAUAUGCCAAUACGAAAACAAUUCUGGGAACAAAAAGACAUGAUACAUACACAUUUCGAGACCACACCUGUAAUGUCCACUUAUAUCGUGGCGAUUGUGAUGUUCGAUUUCAUCAAAGUUCCCAACGCGAACAAUACCAUCAAUAUGUGGUGUAAAUCUUUGACAUCGAAAGUAACAUUGGCACACAAUAUUGCUGAAAAGGUUGUAAAGUUCUUGAUUCAAUAUACCAAUAGUUCCCAGAAGGUACCCAAAAUGGAUUACGUCUUGAUACCAAAGUUUGUAGUUGGCAGCAUGGAAAAUUGGGGCCUCAUCAUUUAUGAUGAAUCAAAAAUUGUCUAUGAUGACAAUAACGAUCCAACAUAUCAGAAAACAAAAGUAGCGUUGACAGUAGCACACAAACUUGCACAUCAAUGGUUUGGCAACUUAGUCACUCCAUCUUGGUGGUCCUAUCUAUGGUUAAGUAAAGGACUUGCUUCGUUUUUCCAAACAUACAUAAUUAACAAGAUUUUCGAAAAUUAUAGGCGGACGACGGAACUACUUAUGAUUCAGAAAAUACAACAAUGUCUUCUUCAAGAUACAGGCUCAUUAAAUUUUGUCACAACGAAACUUGGUAGUACUUUUGAAGAUAACUCAUUAAAUUCUUUUGUUUAUAAAAAAGCAUCAGUUUUAUUACGCAUGUUACAAAAUACAAUUACCGAUGAGGUAUUUCGAAAAGGUCUCAUUAUAUAUUUGACCAAGCAUCAGUUUAGCUCGGCUACUCCGGAUGAUUUAUGGAGCGCUAUGCAAAGUGCUCUAGACGAGUCUGAUGUGCCGCACGAAGAUUACAGAAUAAAAAAAGUGAUGGAUACUUGGAUGAAUCAAGAAUGCUAUCCUUUUGUACAUGUGGAGCGAAAUUACGAAACUGGUGAAGUAAUAAUAUCACAAACAUAUGCUCGGCAAUAUAAGAAAACUACGAAUAAAAUUAAAUGGUGGAUUCCUAUAACUUUUGCUACGCAGUCCAAUCCGAAUUUUUCCAAUACUGUACCUCAUUAUUGGUUACGACCAGAUCAUAAUAUAAGCUUCACAAUUAACUCAGAUGAUUGGAUUAUUGUUAAUUUGCAACUCACUGGAUACUAUCGCGUUAGUUACGAUACCAAAAAUUGGCAAAAAAUUGCACAUUACUUAAAUAGUAAUAAUUAUACAAAGAUACAUGUUUUUAAUCGUGCUCAAAUCAUCAUUGAUUGGUUUAUAUCGAUGCUUGAUAAUCGAAUGAAUAGCUACUCAUUCCUUCAACUCAUAAGAUACCUUUCGAAAGACAGAGAUUAUGUGGCAUGGCAAUCAUUAUUUGAAAUUAUAGAACAUAUGCCGACUCUUUUACUGCCGGAAAUGAUACAUAUCAAGCUAUACUUCGAGCAUCUCCUUAAUGAGCUUCUUCAGUACGUAAAAUACGUAGAAAAUCCUGAUGAUGAUGAUAUCACAAAAUUGACAAGGAUAAAUGCUUUAAAAUGUGCAUGUAUUCUUGGUAACAAGAAAUGUAAGGAAGUGACCGCGCUUAAAUUAAGCAAACAUCUCGCGGAUCCCAAAACUUACAAAAUUCCACAAAUGGAAAAAUUUAUGUACUGUGCCGGUAUGAUGGCAGCCAAUAGGACUACUUGGGAUAAAAUGUUCGAAUUAUAUUUAAAAAAAGGAAAAAAAUGGGAACGAAUGAAAUUAUUGAAAAGUUUGAGUUGCGCUGAAGAUCCUGAUAUCAUCAUCUACUAUUUAAAUAUCAUUUACUAUACAUGCAAUGAUAAAACUUAUUCUCGACAAUGUUUAUAUUUACGAACAAAUUGA